AUCACCCAACAACAAGAACUGGCACUCUAAUAUAAUACUACCAUCUACCAACACCACCAAACCAAACACCAACCGCAAUCAUGCAAUUCACCACCCCCCUCGCCUUCCUCGCCCUCGCCUUCUCCGUCGCCGCCAACCCUACCCCCCGCGAUAUGGGCGCAUGGAACGCAACCGUCGAGACGAAUGGAUCACAACUAGAACUAUUUGCUAUGUUUGUAUCAGACAGCUACCCCAUGGGCAUCCGUUGCCAGUGCAACGGCACGAUUUGCAGGCCUCAGACCUUCUCUUGGGAGUACGACGGUAAUCUUCUCAAGCUUACGCAGAAUGUGGAGAAGCCCAACCUUAUGACUGUUUUCGGACAUGCGUCUCUUGAGCUUGAUCCUGUCACCAAGUCUGGCAAUGCAAUUGUUCACGUCACCUCUGCCAUUGCCUAAUUAUGGGAUGGAGAUGGAACUAAUGAGGGGAGAAAAAUGAGCAAAUGACUUCAACUUCAAUCUGUACAUAUCACUACACACAUAGACCAGUCAAAUGGAACGACUCUGUUGGCCAACCGACCUUGUCUACAGUGUCGAUUUCGAUUUCGCCAUCUUUACUACCCUAAACACCCAAGUCCCUCCCCUCAUACACCAUAUCCGACGCCGUCGCCAAAUGAUAGAACAAACAUGAUGGGUUGUGAUACGCCCAUACUCCUUACCCUAACUAAAGUCAAGAAAAUAACUUUCGGUUAUUCAGUAAUAGCAAGACAGUGAAUUAGCAACAUGAAUGAGAGAUGCCUGAGAGAUAGGCUACGCUUCGCCAAACAGCCGUGCAGUGAUGUCGCCCAUGUAAGCCUCUUCCAGCUCGUAGUCCUCGCCACCCAUUCGGUCAAUGCCAACGUAUUCAAACGCGGCGACAACGGCUUCGACGUCAAACCCCAUUGCUACGAAGCGGUUGACGAGGUCCUUAUUGUAUCCCUUGUAUGCAGCCAGCUUCGACUUUUCUUCGUUUUGCUUUGCCUGCUGUGCCUUCUUCUUGAUGGAGGCUGCCGUGGCACCGCCGCUUCCCUCUGCAAUCUCCUUUUUGGGCGCACCCGCAAACUUGACCGCCCACUCGCGAGCCUUGUGCUCAAACUCGGCGGGGUUGCG